CUUGUCCAACUGAGUGAAUGCACCUUUUGUAUAAAUUGGGUGGAUUCAACAGAAUCCUUAACUCUUGCCUUUGCUGGUCCUCUUCUUUCCUGACUGAAAUCUGAAUCAAACAGGCACUAUUUCGGUAACAUGAAGGGUGCAAUACUGGCUCUGGUUUUAUUUCCUGCCCUGGUUGCUGCCUCUGAAGCAAAAGGUGAAGGGAGUUUUAUGAAACUUUGCGGGAGAGACUUCGUAAGAGCAGUUGUCUUCACUUGUGGAGGAUCCCGAUGGAAAAGGCAUCUGAGUGACUAUCCACAUGUAUCUGAAAGAGAAAAUCACCUCCAUUUGCCGCAUGGAAGCAAUGAUUAUCCAGAAUCCUUGGGAUACGGAGAUCAGGCACCAGAAUCCCUAAAUGAAGGAAUUCCUAACACCAAAACUGAGUCUGAAAGAGACUUAACAGUUGUCAGGCAAAUGUCCAUGGCAGAAAAGCGUGAAGUGGCUGCACUGCUCACUACAUCCUGCUGCAGCAUUGGCUGCACUGAAAGAGAUAUAAGUUCAUUGUGCUAA